CCAAGCUCGUAACUACGUGCUAGAAUGUCCUGAUCCAACGGAAUUGCAAUUGAUUAUCUUUACAUCUUUCACAGUCGCCCAGCAUCUACCCGCUGGGGACAAGUACACGCAUCAUGCAGUUCGCUCUGCCUCCGCGGAGGACUCCGAUAACCCCUCCGUACGCUCGCUCGUCGCGAAUCUCACUCAAGCGCAGGAAACAGCUCAAAGCUGUGGCAAUUCUGGGCUUCGCCCUGCUCACCGUCUUCUUCCUUCUUUCCCAGUUCUUCUACACAAGUACAGGGGCCCCCGCCGUACCAGCAGGAACAUCCAGCAUCGUCGUCGUCACCGUUCUAGACAGGACGGCUUGGAGUAACGAGUACAUCCAGAAGAUCGUCAAGAACAGAGAGGACUAUGCUAAGCGACAUGGCUAUACGAACUUCUUCGCCAACGUGUCCGACUAUGAAACCGUCCUCGAUAACGCCCCGAAGUCCUGGGCCGUCCUCCCAGCCCUCCGUCACGCGAUGGCCUCCAACCCGUACUCGAAGUACUUCUUCCACCUAGAUGCUCACGCCCUAAUAAUGAACCCGAGCAAAUCACUUGAAUCGCACGUCCUCGACAAGGACCGUCUCGAAUCCCUCAUGCUCAAGGACGUCUCCGUCGUGCCUCCCGAUAGCAUAAUCAAGACGUUUUCGCAUAUACAGGCUCAAGAUGUCGAUCUCAUUAUGACCACCGAUGCGGAGGAUUUGAGCUCCGGUAGCUUCCUCCUUCGACAGGGUGAUUUUGCCAAAUACUUCCUCGACUUCUGGUUCGACCCUCUGUACAUUAGCUAUAACUUUGCAAAGGCCGAGACCCACGUUCUGGAUCACAUUGUGCAAUGGCACCCAACUAUCUUGGCCAGAUUGGCUCUGGUUCCACAGCGGACCAUCAAUGCAUACAGCAAGGAUUCAAACGGGGCUGGCGUGGACGGCGUCUAUAAGGACGGUGACUUCGUCAUUCGGUUCCUUGGCUGUGACACCGACACGAAGCGGAGUUGCGAGAAGGAAAUGGAGCCGUAUUAUCGGCUUUGGGCGGGAAAGAUGAAGAAUGAGUAACCUCUUUCUCUCGUGUCUGUUUUCUCCCCUCUCAUUUUUCGCUGUUCCAUAAUGUAAUGCCCAUAUUUGCUUGGGGGAGUUUGGGUAUGAUUUCAUUUCCAUUGGUGUUGGGAGUUUAUUUGACAAUUUGUCUUCGGACUUUGGUAUUGUGAUAUUGGUCCAUAGAGCAGCCAGCGCAUUCUUUCCAAUGCUGCAUGAAAACUACCUACUACCUACUACCUCGCAACCCAAUAGCA